AUGACAGCACAAGACAAAGUUAAGGAGACCGUUCGCGAGGAGGCGCAGAGAGUGGCCGAGCUGGCACAAGAUGCUGCUCAGUCUGGAGCCUACCUCUACCCCAUCAGACGCGAGCUUUGGAAGCCCCUCGCAUCCAAGCUGCUCCCAACCAUCGCUCUCGGCAUCACCACCCUCGCCAGUGUCUUCUUCUUCGGAUACCUUCCCCAAGCCGCUAUCCUGGCCGUCUUCAACGGUCCUUUGGCCGCCGUCAAUGCCGCUUUGCUCUGUCUGAACGAGAGCAGCACCAUCUUCAACACCCUCUCCAAGACAUUCCUCGUCGAGGACAGCCUGAUCGACACCUUCGACGGUACCCUUGUCGCCAAGGGCGAGGCCGAGCUCGUCUCCAAGGAGCGCAAGGUCGGCCGCGGUGGUGAUGCCAUUGGUCGUCUCGGUAAACUCGUCUCCAAGCCAUUCGCCAAAUUCGCUCCCAGCGCCAUCAUCAGAUACGUCAUGUACCUGCCUCUCAACUUCAUUCCUGUCGUCGGUACCGUCAUGUUCAUCUUGCUUCAGGGCAAGCGUGCUGGCCCUGCUGCUCAUGCCAGAUACUUCCAGCUGAAGGGUAUGGGCAAGGCUCGUCAGGAGGAGUGGAUCGAGAAGAGACAGGGCGCAUACACAGGCUUCGGAACCGUUGCUACUCUGCUGGAGCUUGUCCCCAUCGCUGGCGUCUUCUUUGCCUUCACCAACACCACCGGUGCUGCUCUUUGGGCUGCUGAUCUCGAAUCUAGAAGCAACGAGAACCAGUCUACUGCUCAGCUCAGAGACCAGUCAAAGAAGGCCCUUUGA